CAUGGCGGCGCAGAGUGAGGGAGGUGGUAAGGACGAUAUAAGGACGCAUUUUAGUACUCGGGAAGGAACUUAUAAAUUGAUGCCACUCUCUGAAUACUCUAGGCCAACUAGAGUUGCCUUUAAUGGACAAGCUAACACCCCCGUGCGGGUCUCUUUCAUUAAUGUCAACGACGGUUCUCCUGCGCCAGAUAGGAUAUGUUUCAAUGCCGGAAGAGAACUCUAUUUCUAUGUGUACAAGGGGGUCAGAAAGGCUGCAGAUCUGACCAAGCCAAUAGAUAAGCGGGCGUAUCGUGGCACAUUCCCAACAUGUCAUGACUUUAACAAGUUCAACCUGACCAGUGACAGCGUUUUACUCUUGGUCGGCUUUACUGCUGGACAGAUACAGCUGAUUGACCCCAUCAAAAAAGAACUCAGCAAGCUCUGUAACGAAGAGAGACUGAUAGACAAGACAAAAGUGACAUGUAUCAAGUGGAUCCCAGCCUCCCCAAACCAGUUCCUAGUGUCUCAUGCCAGCGGUCACAUGUAUGUAUACAAUGAGGAAAUGCCAUGUGGAACCACGCCCCCUCACUACCAGCCGUUCAAACAGGGUGAAGGCUACUCUAUAACCACAUGCAAAACUAAGAGCACUAGAAACCCACUCUAUCGCUGGGUUGUGGGACAUGGUGCUAUCAACGAGUUUGCGUUUUCCCCGUGCGGGAAGUACCUGGCUGUGGUGGGCCAGGACGGGUAUCUGCGCGUCUUUAAUUACGACUCUAUGGACCUUGUGGGCACAAUGAAGAGUUACUUUGGGGGUCUGUUGUGUGUGUGCUGGUCGCCGGAUGGGAAAUUCAUCGUGACUGGCGGUGAAGAUGACCUGGUGACAGUCUGGUGUGUCCAGGAAAAACGGGUCGUGUGUCGGGGUGAAGGUCAUAGGUCAUGGGUCAACGUGGUGGCCUUUGACAUGUUCACCUCCUGUGUUCCCCCUCAAGACUGUGAUUUUUCUGCUACGGAAGAGGAUGGUGCUCAUACCGCUAAAAACUCUAGUAACCAUACGUCACCUCCAAAAGAGCAUCAAGCGAAUAACGUGUCAGCCCAGCGGGCUGGGACGUCAAGCGCAAAUCGUAACUCCGGGGACGGGCAGUCCCUCAAACUAACAUCUUACCGAUUCGGUUCUGUGGGGCAGGAUACAAUGUUGUGUCUCUGGGACCUGACGGAGGAUGUUAUACGAACUCCUGUCGGGCGAACACGCACAAGUACAUUGAUCAGUCAGAAUGCGUUUGGCUUACCUGCGCGCAGCAACAGCCUGCCGCACUCGCAGAAAGUGAACUGUGUUUCAAAAGAUAGUGUAUAUAUGGAUGGAAAUAUACCAGCUGCUCCAAACGCCUUAAACAUUACUCCUAAGUUUGCUACAUUGUCUCUGGGCGAAAAGAAAGACAAAGAUAACCACGACAAAAAGGAGCAUAAGAGGAACUUCAGUUUGGCUAGCAGAAGUAGUGACAAAGUUAACCUAAUGAAGGCCAACCAUGUUCGUCCUGUGGAUGAAUCUAUCAAACUAUUAGGCACUCCAGCCUGCCCUCGGCUAGACGAUAUACCUGUGUUAGAACCUCUUAUCUGUAAAAAGGUGGCCCAUGAGCGGCUGACAUCUUUAGUGUUUAGGGAGGAAUGUAUAGUGACAGCCUGCCAAGAGGGCUGUGUUUAUACAUGGGCUAGACCGGGAAAAGUGUGUAGCUGUUCUGAGGAGUAUGAUGGUAGCCAAGUGGAGUCUUCAUACUGGUGACAGAGGAUCCUUACAAUACCUUGCUGUGAUUAGUUCUGGAUUUAAAAGAAUGGUCCAAUGGGAUGUAUGCCAGUGGUUUACUAAGGUUACACACUAUAACAGUACUCAUUACUCCUCUUUAGACAAUACUGCAAACACCAAUCACACAUUAAUUUGAAGGUCACCAAUCAGUGAAUAGAUGUAAAAUCGAUAGUAACAUCCAAAUGAACCAGUUGAUCACUACAAGACCAAUGAACAUAAGUCAGUUUUGGCUGUAAGGCAUACGUCUUUAUUCUGAUAUAAACACUGAAGAUCCAAGAGGAUUUGUGAUAUCUCACAAAUUCACUGUGACAUACACCUUUACAUAUAAUGUGUUCUGAUGUAUUAGGCUUGGUAUUGAGUGAAGGGGUGAGAUGGCACAACUCUUAUUAGCCUUUUGCCCCAUAUCACACUAUGGUAUGAUACCUACAUAAAAUAUCCAACGAUCCAUUUACUUACCACUCAAUACAGUGGUAUUCACUACAGGAUGUAUUGAUUAUUAUGUAGUAAGAUGUUUACUGUUUGAGAUGUGGUGUGUCAUCUGCAAAUACUUGGAAAGCUUCUGUAUUUAUACAGCGGGCUCUUGACCAUAUGACCUAAGUUUACCAAUCACAUCCAAGCUUUACCGAUCAGCCAGAUUUGAGGAACUAAUAUCGAAGACAAAAAUGGAGAAAACCAUAACACUAGAAAUAUAGUUAACAGGAGCUUUUGUGCAUACGUGAGAGCGUUUUUCUUGAAGUUUUAAAAACACCAACUAUUUCCACUGAAUAAGGAAAACUGACAAAAAAGUUCUCGAGGAAUCGAACACCCGGGAAUAUGGUUAUGCUCAUUUUCACAACAGUAUCAAGGGCAGGUCAUAGUAAAAAUUAUUUGAUCAGUAUGACCAAGGCAGUUAAGUUACAAAUACAAAUAUAAUCGGAAGAGCAUUAUCCUAAAGUGAUAAAACUCCAUUAAACCACCUCAUGUUUACCUUGGGAAUGUGAUGUAAAAGCAUUUGAAAGUCCUGCUACGCCCGACUCCAAGCACUAUGAUGGGAGCGUAGGAAAAUAUUGCACAAAAUAGUCUGCUAGACUUUCCUGGCAUACAUCAACAACUACCCAUAAUAAAGUGAGUUAUGGUCAUUUACUCAACUGGAACAUUUACAACAUAUUAAAACACCAAGUAACCUUAAAAAAUGGGGUUGAGAUGACAAUAAAUCUAUACACGGACUGGCCUAUUGUAAACAAACAAACAAACAAACAAACAAAAUGGUCAUUACAGAUGAGGAGAGAGUGAAGCCUACACAAGAUUUACGCCAUUACACAGAAUAUGCAAGGUGUCAAGUACUACAAAAGAGGUAAUAUGUCACGUCAGGUCUGGGGGAUCUUUUAAACAUGCCUUACAGUAGCCCGGUGAGUGAACUACAUUUUUGACUAACUGAAUAUUUGGUCCCACAUGUAACCUGUACACGUUCAACGAAUCAAUACAAAGAUAACGUGAAUUACCAGUGGCAUAACUACGUAAACAUUACGCAGUUAUUACACAUAGCAUUAUUUCAAAGUAUCCACACCAUCAUUUAACUAUAAUAGAGUCCAGGUUACCAAUAUGUUUUUAUUUAAAAAUUUUGUUUAACCAAAUAUAGGGUGAGAAAAAAUGUCAACUUAUUAGGGACUGCUGUAUUUCACUUAAAGUUUAGCUUUGUUCAGGACACAUUUUGCUUGAUUCUGAUUGAUUCAUCUGCAUUAUAGGGCCACUUCAAAAUUUUUUGUAAAGUUGAUUAUUCAUAUCAGAAAAAGAAAAGAACUGUUUACAUCAAAAGUAUAUUUUAAGGUCAUUUUUACAGGCCAACUUUAGGUGAAAUACAGAACCUUCUCCUGCUCCAGCAACACAGGUAGUGUCAGGUCUCAUUGCUUUCACUGUUUUAUGUUCCAAACUUCCCUGUAUUGUGUUUAGGAAGGCUUUUCACUGCUGUGUAGAAAACUAUGCACAAGAAACUUUAAUAGGUUCAUUCAAAGACUGGUCAACAGCUGUUACUACAUGUAACAAAUCGUUUGUUUUGAUGAACUGUUGUAUUUUUUAUGUUGCCGAAUACAACUUAACUUCUUCUACCGCAUUAACAUGCACAUUAUUGACAUAUAAAGAAACAAGUGGACAUCAUGAGAUACUGUUGUGUCAGACGAUCUCUUAAAUGAUUACUGAUCGGUGUUAAUCUAGGAUGGCGGGUUAGAUUUGACAUGUUUUGUUAAAAGUAAAGUACAUGUGCUGUAACAGCUGAUGUAUACCAGAUUAAAAUGAUAUCAACAAAUUGUUUUGUUCUUGUUUUUUCUUUCUUAGCAGUAACGAUCACUCGAGCCUGAACUCAAGGGCACGUUUUGGGCUUAAACCAUAGACUCAGUCUUCCUUACAAACCAAAUAAAAAUAUUUGAAGAACGAUGCUUUAACUUUCAGCUGUCAAAAUUUUAUUAAUUUGAUGCUUGCAUGUAUAAUUUUUCAAAGAGUUUGCCAAGUGUUUCUAACAUAUAACUGACAUGUAACAGGCGAGACACAUUACCAUAAUAGUUAGGUUUGACAUACUGAUACUCUUAGUAACACAUUUGAGUUGUACUCAACAUCAGUUCAUGUUCAUGUAUAUUCAUGGUAUCUGUGGCAUGGAAAUCCAGUGAGGCAGUCUCAAGACUUGCCUCAUUAAAUUCAAGACUUUUCAAAAACCAUCAAGGAAAUAUAAACAGGUGAACACAACAUACUCCCCAACAAAUGCAUUUGUUUGAAAUGUGUAAAUGAACACCAGCAGCAUUGUGGCGAGUAUAACCCCUGAGGGGAACCUUCGUUGGUGUUGAUGAUUGGUUUUGUGGUUACCAUGAAAACCGCACAAGUGAACAAAUGUGUCCCAUCAAAAAUGAAAACUUAUGUAGAAAACAGAGUUCUGGAGUUUGGACACAAAAUCAUAUCUAUUUUUAUAGUUUACAUAGGGAAAUGGCAAUCUGAUAACCAACUGCGAAAGUGGACAAAUGUGAGUCGCAACACAUCGCCAUUUGUGUAUGUAUGUAUCCACCAAAAAUUAAAACUAUAUGUAAAAACAGUUAACAGUUACAGCCCGGACACGAAAUUUUAUCUACUGCAUGAAUAUAGUAUAUGUAGGGAAACUGGCGAGUUGCUAACCACGACAACCGAGGGAAUGAACAAAUGGGAGUCAUAACACAUCGUCAUUUGUGUAUGUAUGUAUCCACCAAAAAUUAAAACUAUAUGUAAAAACAGUUCACAGUUACAGCCCGGACACGAAAUUUUAUCUACUGCAUGAAUAUAGUAUAUGUAGGGAAACUGGCGAGUUGCUAACCACAACAACCGAGGGAAUGAACAAAUGGGAGUCCUAACACAUCGUCAUUUGUGUAUGUAUGUAUCCACCAAAAAUUAAAACUAUAUGUAAAAACAGUUAACAGUUACAGCCCGGACAAGAAAUUUUAACUACUGCAUGAAUAUAGUAUACGCAGGGAAACUGGCGAGUUGCUAACCACGACAACCGAGGGAAUGAACAAAUGGGAGUCGCAACACAUCGUCAUUUGUGUAUGUAUGUAACCGCCAAAAAUUAAAACUAUAUGUAAAAACAGUUAACAGUUACAGUUUGGACACGGAAUUUUAUCUACUGCAUGAAUAUAGUAUAUGUAGGGAAACUGGCAAGUUGCUAACCACGACAACCGAGGGAAUGAACAAAUGGGGGUCGCAACACAUCGUCAUCUGUGUGUAACCGCCAAAAAUUAAAACUAUAUGUAAAAACAGUUAACAGUUACAGUUUGGACACGGAAUUUUAUCUACUGCAUGAAUAUAGUAUAUGUAGGGAAACUGGCGAGUUGCUAACCACAACAACCGAGGGAAUGAACAAAUGGGGGUCGCAACACAUCGUCAUCUGUGUGUAUGUAUCCACCAAAAAUUAAAACUAUAUGUAAAAAACAGUUAACAGUUACAGCCCGGACACGAAAUUUUAUCUACUGCAUGAAUAUAGUAUAUGUAGGGAAACUGGUGAGUUGCUAACCACAACAACCGAGGGAAUGAACAAAUGGGAGUCGCAACACAUCGUCAUUUGUGUAUGUAUGUAACCGCCAAAAAUUAGAACUCUACACAGAAAAACAGUUAUAGCCCAGACAAGAAAUCAUAUCUAUUUGCAUAGUAUAUAUACGGAAAAUGUGGUUACCAUGACAACUGCAGAAAUGAACAAAUGCGAGAUGCGACUCAUUGCCAUUUGUGUACUUAAGUAUUCACCAAAAAGUAAAACUCUCCGUGGAAAACAAUUGGACAGAUGGACAAAAUUGCUGUAACAUAUGCUCCUCUCAAUCGUAAGCCCAAUAAAGACCAAGACACUAGGUGUCUGGCAUCAAUGGAUGGAUGGUAAACUCCAAACUAGCCAAUGUACUGCUUUCUGGCUCAACAGAUGAACAUCAAGGUGGUUUGCUUGGUUUCUGUAUCAUGUCUAGGAGCAAAAUGUGCAAAGGCUACUGCUGCAGUCAGAAUAGAGUUAAUUGGAUACUACCAUACUUGUGUGUGAACACACUUAUUACCCAGCACAUUGAACACUUCAAUAAAGGCAAAGAAAGUAUUAAAAUUAAGUACAUCAGUUAAAAAGACCAUCAACCAGGACCAUGUCCAGGAAAACUACUUUAUCUUGAAACUUUUUCAUCCAAGUAAAGUGCAUUAGAAAUUCUACUAUGGCAACACUGACCCAGGACGUCUCGAAAGGUUUUAGCCACAGAUUAUAUUUCUACAUUCUAAACGCACGUGGAUGUAGAUCCAGGUGUAUACGACUUGGCCAAUGGGCCUUGAGACUAAUUUUACACAAAAGGAAU